UUCAACCAGAAAAUACCAAAAUAUUAAUGAAUCUAAGUUGAAGAUAUGUAUAGAUUUGAGUUUCCACGUUCGCUAUUAAUCCAAGAUCUAAAAUAAUAACGAUAAUAAUUUUGGUGACCAUGAAUUUCGAAAUCGUUUUCGUUCUGAUAUCUAUUCCUUAUUGCGUCACAGACACUACAUCAAAAUACGCCUAUCCCGUCCAAGAUUUCGCGUUUAUAAAAAUACCAAGGCAUCAGUCAUUUAAAAGGGUUCUAGGGAAAUCUGAUACCCUUAAAUACGAUAAAUUAUUCACCACCACUGUAUACGAUAAAGAUGAAAUAGGCAAAGCUAAGUUGGAUAAAGAGUCAUGCAUCUUUCCUCAGAGAUGGCACGGUAGCUGGUCUCAAACAACAUUCGCUCAUAACUUAGUUAUAAAUCAUAACGAAAUACUAGACAAAGGCAUAUGCUUGGCCCAAGUUAAACAAAGAUACCUCUUGUACAACGAGAAACAAAAUUGUUACCAGUGUCUAUUUAUCACGGAAAAACACUACAACGUUCUCCAAUUUAAAGAAAGCUUUUGCGUUCCCAAGGAUACAUUGCAAGCUAUAUGUGAUCAAAUAGGCGGAGAUGCGUUUUUAUACACUCUUUUUCGAAGUAAUCCGAGCCAAAUAAAAUGCCCAUUCCAUCACCAAAGGUAUAAAUUCAAAUACAGGGGUGAAUAUGGCGACUGUCGUGGUGACAGCACGGUGAAUGAGAGAGAUAAAAGGGUUAAACAAUCUUUCAAUUCCUUAGAUAGUUGCACGAACCCUACACAAUUACUUUUCAGGUUUCAAUCGUGCCCAGAUUUAGAUGGCCAAAAAGGAAUUUUAAAUUUCAAAUUGUCUUGUUUGGCUGAAUGGAAAGAUGGUAAUAAGAACUACCUCGCUGGAUCUGUAGAAUUUUGGGACAAAACUGCGAAAUAUUUUAAAUCCAAAAAGAAAGAAGACCAUCCCACACCCCAACAAGCUAUUCAAGACAAGUACCGUUGUUUCAUUUAUGAAAAGAACGAACAUGGUUACCAUUUAUCCAUGUCUUAUGAUUCAACGUGUUUUGGAAUAUUUUCGGCCAAAGAUGGACCUCACUUGUUCGAACUAACUUCCGAUAUGGAAUCAAUAGAAAAACGGGCUAAUUGCUACUUCCCAGCUUUUUUCAAUAAUCAUAAGAAAUGGCCUUUAUUGGAUAAAUCGGGGUACUUUGAACCAAAAAUAGUUAAAAUUUCAGCCAAUCCAAAUACGGAUCUCAUGAAUAGGAUGAUAUAUGAUAAUUUUUACCCAAGGACUCACGGUGGGAGAUCGAAUUUUCAAAAUAUCAUGACGAGAUCUAAAACAAUAUCACUUUACCAUAAAAAUUUAAAUUGGAAUUAUCCAAUCGAAAAGAUGACUUGUUUUGAAGAUUUACGCCCAAAACCAAAUUUGAUAAUCGACGAUAGCCGAUUCGGCGAAAUGAACUCUUCCAUAGAUGAUAACAAUUUCUUACCUAGCCUUCAUAAGAUGAUCAUUUAUUCCAUAUUUGGAUGCUUUCAUGGAUACAAAUGUCUGCAUAUUCACAGAAGAAGUGAACAUGUCAUAGAGCUACAAGAAGGCAUUUUAGCACCAUCACCUGAACUGGCUUGCCAGAGCGAAUACUUUGACGAAGAUCGUCAAAAAGCGUCUAUACGAUUUUCAACAUUAGCAGCCGAAGUAACCCCAUCCCAUUCAUCACCAUGCCCCUUUAAUGGUAUGUACGAAAUCGUAACCGCCAGGGCCCAAAAAUUAAAAAAUGUAGAUGCUUGUGAUGCCAGAAAAUUGUCAUUGAUUGAAGUUGGUUGCAAGAAUCCGUCCAUCAUCGAUAUACAACAUAUUUGCACUUCUCGUAUAGAAAUGCAAACUAUAAGCUCAUUCAAAUGUCAUGCCCAUUGGCAGGAAAAUGAUCUUCAUUACUUGAUAUCCAGUGAAUACCAUUCAAAAUACCUGAAUUGUUUCAUAAUCAAGGAGAACAAGGCAACAAACACUUUAUUCAUUUCAAAUACUCAAGGAAUAUGUAAACGCAAUGUAAAUCCCGAAAUUGAUGGAAUAAUGAGAUAUCAUGCUGUAUCUAGAGAUAUUUGUCCCGUCUAUUCUUCAUCACCUUCCAUCGUUUCGUUAAUCGAUAUUCGACUACUUCUCAUUAUAACUCUAUUUGCGUCCAUAUGCAAUUUUAAAUUCGAAUUUAUACAAUCAAACUAUUUUUCUUGUAUCAGUUAAAAUUUAAAAGCAAUUAGAAAUCUAGAGGAAAAAAAAAUUCGUAUUCGUUAUAACUCGAAAUCAGGCAAUCGCUU